AGAAGCCUACAACUACGGCGGUACGGGCCACACAACCCAACCAACGAACGGGAAAGAAACCUCCCCCCAUUAUUCUUCUUCCUCCUCCCUCUCUCUCUCUCUUGUCAGUUCCAUCGCCCAACGGAACGCGAGCGCACGCGGAUCGGGUGCCAUGGCGGGGAACGAGUGGAUCAAUGGCUACCUGGAGGCGAUUCUCGACAGCGGCGGCGCCGCCGCGGGAGGAGGCGCCGGGGGCGGGGACCCGAAGUCGGCGGUGGCGGGGGCGGGGGCGUCGUCGGCGAGCCCCCGCGGGCCGCACAUGAACUUCAGCCCGACGCACUACUUCGUGGAGGAGGUGGUGAAGGGCGUGGACGAGAGCGACCUCCACCGGACGUGGAUCAAGGUCGUCGCCACCCGCAACGCCCGCGAGCGCAGCACCCGACUCGAGAACAUGUGCUGGCGCAUCUGGCACCUCGCCCGCAAGAAGAAGCAGCUGGAGCUGGAGGGCAUCCAGAGGAUGUCGGCGCGGCAGAAGGAACAGGAGCAGGUGCGCCGUGAGGCCACGGAGGACCUGGCCGAGGAUCUGUCGGAAGGCGAGAAGGGGGACACCGUCGGCGAGCUGGCGUCCUACGGAACGCCCAAGAAGAAGUUCCAGAGGAACUUCUCCGACCUCACCGUCUGGUCCGACGAUAACAAGGAGAAGAAGCUCUACAUUGUGCUCAUCAGUGUACACGGUCUUGUCCGCGGCGAGAACAUGGAAUUGGGUAGUGAUUCAGAUACUGGAGGGCAGGUGAAAUAUGUUGUCGAACUCGCCAGAGCGCUUUCAUUGAUGCCCGGAGUGUACAGAGUGGACCUGUUCACACGCCAAGUGUCAUCCCCCGACGUGGAUUGGAGCUACGGGGAGCCUACCGAGAUGCUGUGCUCAGGCUCCACCGAUGCUGAAGGGGGCGAGAGCGCCGGGGCAUACAUUGUGCGCAUACCUUGCGGGCCGAGGGACAAGUACAUAAAGAAGGAGGCCCUGUGGCCCUACCUCCAGGAGUUCGUCGACGGAGCCCUCGCGCAUAUUCUAAACAUGUCCAGGGCUCUGGGCGAGCAGGUUGGCCGUGGGAAGCCGGUCCUGCCCUAUGUGAUCCAUGGCCACUAUGCUGAUGCAGGCGAUGUCGCCUCUCUUCUCUCCGGCGCGCUGAACGUGCCGAUGGUGCUCACCGGUCACUCGCUCGGGAGGAACAAGCUGGAGCAGAUCAUGAAGCAAGGGCGCAUGUCCAAGGAGGAGAUUGACUCAACCUACAAAAUCAUGAGGCGUAUCGAGGGCGAGGAGCUGGCCUUGGACGCAGCAGAGCUUGUGAUAACGAGCACAAGGCAGGAGAUCGAUGAACAGUGGGGACUGUAUGAUGGCUUUGAUGUGAAGCUCGAGAAAGUGUUAAGGGCACGGACGAGGCGCGGGGUUAGCUGCCAUGGCCGUUUCAUGCCUAGGAUGGUGGUAAUUCCACCUGGGAUGGAUUUCAGCAAUGUUGUGGCUGAAGAUGUCGAUGGAGAUGGUGAUGGCAAAGAUGACAUGCUGGAUGGUGCUUCACCAAGGUCACUACCCCCGAUUUGGGCUGAGGUGAUGCGGUUCCUGACCAAUCCUCACAAGCCGAUGAUCCUGGCCCUGUCAAGGCCCGAUGCGAAGAAGAACAUCACUACCCUUGUCAGAGCAUUUGGAGAGUGCCGCCCACUGAGGGAGCUUGCAAACUUAACUCUGAUCAUGGGGAACAGAGAUGAUAUCGACGAGAUGCCUGCGGGCAACGCGAAUGUUCUCACCACAGUCCUGAAGCUGGUCGACAAGUAUGAUCUCUACGGAAGUGUGGCGUUCCCCAAGCAUCACAACCAGGCCGAUGUCCCGGAGAUCUAUCGCCUCGCGGCGAAGAUGAAGGGUGUCUUCAUCAAUCCUGCUCUCGUGGAGCCUUUCGGUCUCACCCUUAUCGAGGCGGCAGCACACGGGCUGCCGAUCGUCGCCACCAAGAACGGCGGUCCGGUCGACAUUACUACUGCACUGAACAACGGGCUGCUGGUGGAUCCACACGACAAGAACGCCAUUGCCGACGCGCUGCUGAAGUUGGUGGCGGACAAGAACCUGUGGCAGGAGUGCCGGAAGAAUGGGCUGCGCAACAUCCACCUCUACUCGUGGCCGGAGCACUGCCGGCAGUACCUCACCCGGGUGGCCGGGUGCCGGAUCAGGAACCCGCGCUGGCUCACAGACACCCCGGCGGACACGGGCGCCGACGAGGAGGACGCCCUGGAGGACUCGCUCAUAGACUUCCAGGACCUGUCGCUGCGCCUCUCCAUCGACGGCGAGCGGGGUGCUUCCCUCAACGAGCCCGCCUCAUCGGACCCGCAGGACCAAGUGCAGAAGAUCAUGAACAAGAUUAAGCAAUCGUCGUCUCAUGCUCACCCCUCAGGGAUCCCGGACGGCAGCGGCGCCGGCGAAGGCGACGUCAAGAGCCACUCCGAGCUUGCGUCCGGCGGCGUGAACAAGUACCCGCUCCUCCGCCGCCGCCGGCGUCUGUUCAUCGUGGCCGUGGACUGCUACGGCGACGACGGCCGCGCCACCAAGAAGAUGCUGCAGGUGAUCCAGGAGGUGUUCAGGGCGGUGAGGUCAGACUCCCAGAUGUCCAAGAUCUCCGGCUUCGCGCUCUCCACGGCCAUGCCGCUGUCCGAGACGCUCCAGCUCCUGCAGCUCGGCAAGGUCCCACCCACCGACUUCGACGCGCUCAUCUGCGGCAGCGGCAGCGAGGUGUACUACCCCGGCACGGCGCAGUGCGUCGACGCCCAGGGCAGGCUGCGCCCGGACCAGGACUACCUGCUGCACAUCAACCACAGGUGGUCCCACGACGGCGCCAGGCAGACCAUCGGGAAGCUCAUGGCUCACGACGGCUCCAGCGACGCCGUCGAGCCGGAUGUUGAAUCCUGCAACGCGCACUGCGUCUCCUUCUUCGUCAGAGACCCCAAGAAGGUGAAAACGAUCGAUGAGCUUAGGGAGAGGCUGAGGAUGCGCGGCCUCCGGUGCCACCUCAUGUACUGCCGGAACUCGACAAGGCUGCAGGUUGUCCCUCUCAUGGCAUCCAGAUCACAAGCACUCAGGUAUCUGUUCGUGCGCUGGGGCCUGCCCGUGGGCAACAUGUUUCUGAUCGUCGGGGAACACGGUGACUCUGACCGGGAGGAGAUGCUCUCGGGGCUACACAAGACGGUGAUCGUCCAAGGCGUCACCGAGAAGGGCUCGGAGCAGCUGCUGAGGAGCUCUGGGAGCUACCACAAGGAGGAUGUCGUCCCGGCCGUAAGCCCCCUCACUGCUUCCACACGCGGCGAGCUGAAGGCCGACGAGAUCAUGCGGGCUCUCAAGGAGGUCACCAAGACUUCCAGCGGCAUGUAAAACCGGCUGCUGGCAAGCCUGAUCAUGAUAUCUAACAUCUUCACUGAUGAUUUUUACUAUCUUCUGCUUUGUUCAUAACCGAAAGGCGGAAGGAACCCACGUCUCUCUUUUGUUUGCUACCUAUAUAAUCCUAUGAACACUACCACUACUACAUCUUGCAGUGAGGAAUAAUUGGGAACACUGCUGAUGAUGCCACUGUUGGCUUUAAGUGUUUAUGAACUAAUUCAGCAAUAUAUACUACGUUUUUAUCAAGAGCUUGUGCUUUGUAAGUGUAUAUACAUAGCAAGGCAUAAGGAGAAUCUGUAACCAGUGUGAUUGGUACUUGUUCAGCAUUGCAGUUAUCUGAAA